CUCGAACAUGCUUAAUACUCUUGAUGUUAAGAAACGAAGAUACUGUUUAUGAUGAGAUUUGACAACUUGCGUCACGCUGUAUUACAUUAUGCGUGACAUUUUGGAGGCGGAAAUUUAGCUGAAAUAGAUUUUUAUGAGUUGCAGACUAUAUGGAUAUCAGAUAGCAUUGACGUCAAAAAAAUUUUUUUUUGCCCUCUACUUUAAUGAAAAUGACUCGAGGUCGGCACCAGCCUCACGGGAAAGCUUUUAAAAAGUAGUGAUAUUCUACCGGGCCUUGCAGUUGUUUCAAAAUACAAUUCAGAGAUGCAUCUCUGUCCCUAAAAUGUAUCCCUAAUUUUCCUACAAUCAAAUCCGAUCAAUGGAUGUCACCGUUUCUUGAACUUAGACUUAAAAGCUGAUAUUGAACUUUUGCUAUUAUUCUAUUCUUUUAAUUAUGAAAAAUGUAAACCCGGUGUUUUUUCCUCCCCACUGAAAGCUGCGUAAAUAUAUUACCGUGAAUUACCGAUACAUGCACAUAGAUGGACUGAGAUAAUCUGGACACUAAAAGGAAGUGCAAUGCGGGUUGUGGAGUUCAAAAUAUUGUUGUGCUUGCAAAUGAUGCCCUUCAUCUCUUCAGACUUUACCCUGACAACUAAUGAGGAUGCAGUUUCUGGCCCUGAUAAAACGAAUCAUGCUGACCCGCCACCUAUCUCGAACCCAAACACCGGUUACGUGAAGGACGAAUAUCACCAACUCCGGGAGGAUUUGUACGCGGCGGCAAAGAACGACCCGUGUUCAAGAUUGCAUUCAAAGUCCACACUCGCUGAAAUCCGGGAGGCCAAUCGACUUUGCGGGCUCACCCUCGAGAAGUUCAAAGGCCUACCCAAAGAGGAAACGAAAAAUUGCCAGGAACCGAAGAAUCCUCAAUGCGUGCCUCAUAAGGAAAAACGCGGUAGGAAAUGGAGGACCGUGUAUGACUGUUGCUAUGAGGUUAUUUUCAAAGCAUUUGAAGGCUCGAUUCCAACAAAGCCCUUUAAGUCUCCAAUUCGCGACUGCUUCGCGAACAUCAAAUGGGAUUCCUUCUUUUUUGGACCACGACCCUUUGCCGCCAGUCCUGAUCUUUCACGCAAGUUAAGUCGCCGGUCUGUAACCCUCUCGGAUCGCAUGUGGAUGCUCAUUUUGUGCAUUAAGAGUCCGAAGAAGGCAGAUAUUUACAACGACCCCGUAUUUGAGGGUAGGAUCGGGAUGAUUGGGAAACAUCCUUUUUCAUCCAAAUCCUCGCGCAUAACUGAGAAUGACCGAUUGUAAGAGCGUAUUUGAACCAAAAUUGCCAGAUCGUGCUGCUGGAACAACACAUUUUCCCAUUCUGCCAUGGUAAGGAAAAACGCCGUAUAAACCUUCAGGUGUUGCCAAAUUUCCUUUCAAAAGACGCGAAUUUCCUGGUAA